AUGACAGACGACGACACCUUCCUCGCCUCCCCCGCAGCCGUGUCCCCUACCCCUACCACCCAAACCGGCGUCCCGCCAAUUCCAACAGCCGGCACCGGCGCCGGAGCAGGCCCCUCCCCCGCCGCCCUCCUCGCCCCGCAAACGUCACGCCUCGCCGAGCGCCGCGCCCAACUGGGUGACCAUGGCGGGCUCGUAUGCAACAUUUCCGACGACUUGGCAGACGACGUCGAUGACCUCUGGGGCCAAGAGGGCUGGGACCCCGCGACGGCAGCCGGAGCCCUCGAGUGGGCCGGCGACCGCGGCAUGGUGUUUCGUGCGCUCCGGCGCAACCAUUUCGACGGCUCCAAAGCGCACGCGUUCCUCCUCUCGGCACUGAGCGCACGCAUCGAGCGCGGCCUCGGCGGCGCCAUCCCCCCGCCCCCGUCUGGCGUGUGGAGUCUCCUGCCUCUACCCCGGUUCACCGACCGGUUGGGCCACCCGAUCGCAGUCCUGACGAUCCGCGACGUCGCGCGUGACAGCGGUGGCAGCCUGGCCGAGCUGAAAGAGUGGACGUGGUCGGGACUGGAGUUGACACGGCGUGCGCUGCGAGACUACUGGGUCGACCAGCGGCGGGGGACGGGCGCCGAGGGUGCCGUGCUCGUCGUGGACGCUGGCGGAGCCGGUUAUCGCAACAUGGAAGUAGAACUGCUUCCAACCAUCUUCAGCGUCGGCCGCAACAACUUUCCAGGCCUGUUCCAGAACGUCUACGUCGUCAACGCAGGCUGGAGCCAGCGCGCACUCUGGAGCAGCGUUGUCAGCCGCGUCCUUCCACGCCGCGCUCUCGACAAGGUGUCGUUCCUCAACUCGCGUCAGGACAUUGCUGCCGUCUUUGACAUGGACCGGUUCCCGAAAGCUCUCGGCGGAUCUGCUCCUCCACCCGACCUUGACGCCAGCCUUCGUCGAUACUCGCACCCGCGUCCACCAAACGGGACCACUUACGACAGCAGGCCCGGUUCUCGCGUUGCCAGCCGCAGCAAUUCGCGUGCAGGAUCGCGCGCCAACUCGCGUGGACCCAGCCGCAGUGGAUCUCGCGCGCCCAGCCGUGACCGCCCCGAGCACCUGCGCGAACUGGACCGUUUACAGAUCCCCAGCCGCAACACGUCCAUGUCGUCCAUCGCCGACGUCUACUUCACGGCCAGUAACAGUCCCGUGAGCUCUCGCCCUUCGAGUCGCCCUUCAUCACGACAUGGCUCGUCCCUAGCCCUCGCGGGUCUGAGCUCGCGCUUGGCCAUGACCAAGACGGCCACCUUGGACGAUGAGGAUGAGGGUGCCGGCCCGCGCACAGGGGACAGCUCGUCCACUGCAAAGGCGCCUCUGGCCCCCCUCAACAACGAGACCCCGCUCCCAACCACUGGUGCGAUCGAGACGGACUCGAACCACCGCAUCAAGUCGCUCACCGACUUUCACCUCUACCUCUCCCCUUCUCGUCUGGCGCACCGCGACCUCUUGUCCGACUCGGAGGACGAUGAGCCACUACCCGCGCCUCGGCGUCGUAUUCUGCGCCCGGCAAUGCUCGAGGGCAACCUCGCGGCGCGGCGCGCUGCCGCCAAGCUACGUGCUGCGUCACCGCCCGACCGCUCCUCCACACCCGCGCAGUCAUACGCCUCGCAACUGCAGGCGCAUCACGCCAACGGGCUGGACAAGUACUGCGGCGAAGACGCAGACUGCUCCCAGUUCCGCCACCUGGACCCGUCGUACGCGCCGAGCGAGGUCAGCGACUCGCCUGCCGAGACACCGCCCACGUCGAUCAUCGAUACGGACGCUGCAUCCCAGUCUGGCGCAUCGGCCUCGAUGCACGGCACCCCACCGCCAGUGUCUGCCGCCGACGUCCAGUUCUCAGCAGACAACCCGUGGUGGGGCUACCCCGUCGUCCGCGUCCAGGACGGCAGCAUUCGGCCCCGGUACGGGCGCAACCGCAAACGCGACCUGGUCAAGACGCUGCUGUGGUUGUUCGUCCUGCGCCUGCAGGCGUGGCGGUCGGCGUUCGAGCGUGCUCUCGGCCUCGACCGUCUCUUUAAGCGCUCGACACCACCCCCUGCGCCGCGUACGCCCACGCAGGGCCUGCGCGACACGGCGGCGGCGCACAAGAGCCAGCAGCAGCCGUCCACCGUCGCCAAGAGGAGCCACCACGACUGGAUCUGGAUGCUCAUCGGCUUCCUCCUCAUGCGCGGUACGUGGGCACCGUUGGUCUCGGCGCCGUUUGACGCGGUGGGACUGAGUACCGUCAAGGAGCUGCUCUUUGGCUUUGUGUAG